CGAGAGGGCGACUGUGUUCAGUCUGUGACAGCGUCAUGGUGGGGGAACCUUUGCUCAGUGACGACGAACGGUUUUAUUGUGGCGGACCAACAUGGCCGCGCUGAGGAAGGUAACAACCUGCUUCCGUCUCCUCAGGAGUUCAGCUCCUGUCCUGUUGAGCAGCAGAAAACCUGCAGUCCUUAAAGCCGUCAAAUGGACAAAUAUUCUGUACACAGGUAUUGCGUCUCUAACUGUGGGCGGUGGGCUGUGUGCUAUACCUUUCAAACAGGUUGAAAACCUCUCUCAUGAGUCUCUGAUCAGACGAGCAGCCUCUCUGGUUACAGACAGUUCAAGCACUUUUCUUUCUCAGACCACUUUGGCUCUCAUUGAUGCCAUUACAGAGUACUCAAAAGCUGUGCACACACUCAUUGCCCUCCAAAGACGAUACUUGCAAUCACUGGGAAAUCUGUCGCCUGCAGAAGAGGAUGCAAUCUGGCAGGUGAUCAUUGGCCAGCGUUCCGAGGUUAGUGACCGACAGGAUGAAUGCAAGCGUUUUGAGUUAACCUGGGUCAGCGCCUUCAAGCUGUGUGAAACGGCAGCUGAGGCAGCGUACACCUCAGGAGCUGAACAUGCAUCCAUCACAGUGAGCACAAACAUGCAGGUGGCCGAGUCGCAGGUGGCGGAAGCACGGAAACUGUCAGUGGAUACAGAUAAGAAGUUAGCGGAGAGUAAAGUAAUGGAGGUUGAAAGGGUGACGCAAGAUGUUUCCUCCUUACAUAAUAAUAAUGAUGAGGAAGAGGUGCCUGAGGCGUAUCUAAGAGAAGACUGAAACAAAUGCUCAGCAAUCAAAGCAUAUAAAAGGAUUAUGUUUUCGACCCAUUGCACUGGGACUUGACCAGCUGAUUUUUGUGUUGUAUAAAAAUGAAUUGUGAUAAAGACUAAACGCAGUAUAAAAACGAUUUAUUUGUUGGUGUUUACUUGCUGCAACAUCAGAAAAUGAAAUAUAAUCAGAAAUAGUGUGGAAAACAACGUGUCACUUCAUAUGGUUGUUUGAAACCAGCAUUUGCCAGAUUUGUUCUGACAGCGGUUGGUGUGAUAAGGAUGUUAGACGAGAGUUAUCUGUGUUGAACAUGUGACCGAAGUAUCCUCUGUGGUCAUCUUGGGGAAUAUUUAGUGUGCUUGAGUGACAGAGACACUUCGUGAACACCGUGACACCUAGAGAUGCGACCUUUGUGUAAUUAAACCAGCUGGUGGUUCCA